GCCGACGGAGAUCUAAGCUUUAGGACUGGAGAUCGUAUUGAAGUCAUCACGAAAACAGCCAGCUCCGAGGACUGGUGGAAAGGUCGACUGAAUGGGGAGGAAGGCGUGUUUCCUGUUAGUUUGAAAGACCGAGCCACCUUUGCCGAGGCCAUAAGCCGUAUGACCACCACUGAACCUGUACAAUACCCACCCUUUAAUACCAAUGACGCGACAAACACGUCAAAUUAUUCCGUGCAACUCGUGUCGUCGCUGCCUCUCAAAAGACCGCGGAUUUCUGCGACACCGUCUUUGGACCUGAAAAGGGGCGUUGCCACCCGUGAAAGUCUCCCAUCACCUUCAGUACGAGCGAAUUCAUCUAGCUUGGUUCUCAAAAAUCGCGCAGUCAAUCGUUUGGAAGUCAUUCCCCGGCAAUGUAUUUCGAGCGCCCCUUGUGACUCGCAAGAGUUCCUGUCGAGUUACGAAGUUGUCAAAAACAAUCUCAACAACUUUAAAACAUGUGAGCACUCUUCUGUUCAUGAGACUUGCUUCACCCCGGAAUAUAUGCCUUAUGUUGAUUUGGAAUACCCUGUGACUGGAGUCACCGAGAGGUAUGCGCUCCUAGCUCCGAAGGACGAGGACGGCUGGCAUCCAGUCAAGGAGCUCAUGGAUGCAGUUGAAAUCAUCGUAAAGUUCUACCUCCCUGCUGGCCACACUACCAUCCUGGGUGAACCAAGGGAACCUGCUGUGCGGCCCAUUAACCUUAAACCUAUGGCAAAACACAAACUAUUGACGCCAUUAAAUACCCCUGCAAGGGAGGCAAGUCCUGCUCCAACUUCACGACCAGUCAAAGAAGAGUUGCCGUCUCCAACUAGCUUGCUCAAGAGAAUGCGAAGAACAUAUGAGCUGAAAGAUGGUAUUGGGUUUAUCUGUGUCGUGAAGGAGAUUAACACCAAGCUUCGCUCAUUAAAGAAGAUGGAGGAAGGGAAUGCCCUGGCUGCAACUCCAGCAAUUUGGCAAGGGAUGCCCUUCGAAGUUGCUAUGCAUAUCUACGAGGAGACAUAUCAACGCUCAGCUGGCCCUAGAGUAAAGGAGCUUAAGAAAUAUCCUUCUUUCUCGUCAAACACAUAUGGGGAGCUGAACAGCGGAUUAGUCGCCGAGAUGUGUCAUCGUUCUGGUCUCAAGCCGGGAAUGAAUUUCUUAGAUCUAGGCUGUGGUAUUGGAGUCGAGAAUUUUCCUACAACAGCAAAUAUCGGAGCGGAGGUCCAUCACAUCUUUAAACAACGAUGUCAAAUGUGGGGUGUCGAACCUGGAUUGACAGACGUAUUUGAAGGUGACUUUAUGGACCCUUCAAACAAGCUCCAGUCUAUCAUUCAGAAUGCGGAUGUUAUACUCGCCAAUAACUUUGUAUUUGAACCAACACUAAACGAGGGCCUCAAGAGACUCUUCUUGGACCUCAAAGACGGCGCCAAGAUCAUCUCGCUUCGUAGUUUUUGUGAUGGUCAAGUAUCUGCCAGGAAUAUUGGGGCUAUUGAAUCUUUUCUUGAUGUCGAGAGCUUCGAUUGGUAUCCAGGUGAUGUCUCGUGGGGUGACGCCGCUGGACAAUACUUUAUUUCAACUAUCAACCGAACCAAGGUGGAAUCUCAGCAUCAAGCACUGUUUGCAGAAGCCAGGUCUUCACGUCGUCGCAAAUGA